CUCAACUAUAUUUACACAAGCUCGUAAAAUCUAAUUUGAAGGGGCGCAGUGCGAUGUGUUUACUGAAUGACAGAUCAGUCAGUAGAAAGUGAUGUCGCUGCGUUGGACAUUUUUGUGUAAUUGUUGAUGUUUUAUAAGUUUUAUUGCAAUUCAAGUUUGCCCACAAUUAAUUACGACACGUCAAGACACUUUUUAUCAUCGGUGAACGCCACAGAUUGAAAUAUCCCAUUGAACGCAAAUGAAAUGGAAAGUGGUAUAUGUCUCUACCUAAAAAUGAUCUCAUCAUUUCUAUGAAGUUAUCAAUAACAGUUCCGAAUAUUGAGAUACCACUGCAAGACAUGCAAUAUUUAUCCAAGUGGUGAUUAAGAUGGAUAAAACAAUGAAGAAGACAUUUUUCCGUGUGAAACAAUUGGCGGAUCAAACCUUGGGGAAGGCUGAAAAGUCGGAAGUUCUCGACUGCACCGAACUUCAGUCCGCCGACAAGCAGGUGGAAUAUUUGCAUGAAAUUCUCUCAUCGCUCAACAAAAAAAUCCAACCGAAUCCGCAAGGUUUGGAAGUCGACAAACGGAUGAAAAAAACCCUUGAAUAUCAGCUAGCCCAGAUAUUCAAAGAUGAUAAGCAAGGCGUUCCGGACAGACUUGUGUCGCUCGUGAUUAAGAAGUUUUCCGAAAUUCAACACGAUCUGGCAAAAGAAAUCGCGGAGCAUGAUCAAAAGGUUGAGGAGAUGGUUGCUACCGAAUUUCACAACGUCCUUGAACAGGAUUUCCCCAACAUUAUCAAGCACAAGAAAAAUCUUGGCAAGUACAUCUUGGAUAAAGACUCUGCUUCAAGCAGAUAUCAGUCAACCAAAAAAGAUGCACUAAAGGAGGAUAUGGAAGAAGCUGACUUGAAGGUGGAACAGACCAGGGACAGUUUGGCUGUGGACAUGUUUCAGUUGUUGUCCAAGGAAAAUCAAAUAGCUGGUUGGAUAUUGCAGUACUUGAAGCUUCAGCGAGCGUAUUACGAAAGUGCCUUAAACUAUCUGGAUAACAACAUUCCGGAAUUGGAGAAACAAAUUGGUGAUAGCAGAGUUAAAAAAGUGUUUGGUACCCCAUUGGAUGAACAUUUACGUGUCUACAACACAAGACUGGCAGUGCCUUUGGUAAUUUGCAUUGAAGCUUUAGGUGAGAGUAUGUCAGAGGAAGGGCUGUUCAGGGUAGCUGGCAGUGUGACUAAAAUCAAAAGACUGAAAGCAUCCUUGGACUCAGGUUUUUUUAAACAACUCAUUCCCGAAUAUCGGGACGUUCACGUGUUGACUAGCAUUUUAAAAACAUAUUUGAGAGAACUGCCAGAGCCUUUAUUGUGUGGUUAUUUGUAUAAAGAGUGGAUGGCAUGCCACAAAUGUCCGGAAAACGAACGCACUAAAGUGAUGAAGGAUUUAUUACAAAAGUUGCCUCAAGGUAACAGGGACAAUUUAACUUACUUAAUGCAGUUCCUUGCCAAACUGGCUCAGCAUAACGAAAAUAAAAUGCAUGCUUCCAAUAUAGCUGUGGUUAUUGGUCCUAAUCUGUUGUGGGAUACUUCUUCAGUUGGGUCUUCUUUGGACAUGAAUAGGUGUACUACUGUGAAUAUGCUUGUGGAGCAAUUUCUAAAGCAAGUAGACGUGCUGUUUCCUGAUGACGUAACGGAGUACGUUAAAUCAAAUCCGUUUUACGUCGAUCACAAACUUCAAAUGACUCACCACAAUGACGACUUUGGAGCGAGUACUGAGAGCAUAAACAUAUUUAAUGAUAGUCCAAAACCUGCCAGCAGAAAAACAAGAAAAGCACCCAGUGUGCCCAGUAAAACCGACCAGGAUAUACCUACCACCAACAAUGAUUUAAUGGUGAAUAGCUACCCUUCAGGCAGCAGUACUUUGAAGCAUACUAAACCGAAAAACAAGUCGUCCAUAGGCGUGAACACCGAAGAAAACUCCCUAUCACUGUCCAGAUCGCUUCACGAAGCCUGCGACUUAACGCCAAGCAAUCUAGUCAAACAUAACGAUGAAAAACCGCCGAAAAAUCAUAUAGUGACUGCUCACCGAAAGUCGGACCUAAUAACGUUCGAGGACGAUUCAAAACUCGAACACAAACCGCCUACGAUCCAGUACACCAAAGCGAAACCGGAACAAACCCAUCACACGGAAAACGACGGUCAAAUUAGAACUACAGCCGUUUUCAGGAUCAAUCAAAUAAACGAGAAGAAAACGCAACCGGUCGCAGCGCCCAGAUCCAUCGCGGCCGAUCAAACCAACAACAAGAACGAAUCGGAUGAGGUUUGCUUGAGACGACCGGAAAUCGAUAGAGUGCACAAGCCGGAAGUGCCAGCCAGACCGGCCUCGCUCACCAAAAGGCCUACAGGCGACGACGCUUUCGUUCACAAGACCCAGUGUUCGGUUUACAGCGUGGCGAACAGGCAACAGCCCUCGAUAGUUAAUCUGCAGAACGCGUCAGAACAAUAUCAGCCCGGCCACGACACUCAAAUGGCACAGAAGGAGAGGUUCUUGCACCAGCACGACCAAAAAGUUACCCCGAUGCCGAGAUUGAGUCUGCAGAAGCCGCACAACGAAUCGCUGAACGAUUCUGCCGACAGAUCGAGGACCGCGUCUGUUGGAAGCAAGGCGGAUUUGUCGCCGCACGACAAUGACAAUAUGAACGUUUCGAAGUCUAUUGAAAAAUUACAUGAGGCUAGUGAUAAAACUAACGGCAACCAAAAACCUAGUCAUAUUCGUACUAAAUCUGAGGGUAACAUAGUGGACUUUAAUAGUGAUAAUUCUUUGAAAACACCUCCUUCCCCUAGAAACUUGAACAAACCAACUCAGCCACCUCCACCGCCACCAACCGCUAACAAAGCCAGACAAAGUGCUGACAGUACAGAUUUGUAACUUUUUUUCUAUUAUCUUUUCUAUCAAUGAUCAAAUGUUUUGAAACUGUUGUCACAUUUUUAUAUAUUAUUGUUACAAGUGAAUGUUUGAAAUUUUAUAAAUUUUAAUAUACCUGUUAUUUCCCCUAUACUUAUUAGGCUCAGUAUGCGUGGUGUUUUAAAAAAUAUUAAUCAAUGACACAAAACGUUGAGACUGGUAGUUAAGCUUGACAGUAAACAUUUAUCAGCAAUAGAAUAUUUAAUAUCAUGCAGUGUUUCAACACGAAAACGCCAUUCAUAUUGAAUAAUUAACUCAUCAAGAACCAUUAAACUUUUUUAAUAUAUUUUAUUUGUACUGAUUACAUUUUAUUUUUCGUACUUAAGAGUUGGUUGGAUGAAACAGUCAGAUCUAGCGCAUUUUUUACAUCCCUUGGUCUGUGGGUUUCAGCUAUUUCAUUUCUAAGGCCGGAAAAAUAAGAUGAUUGAAACACUUUAUGUUAGGAAGAUGCUGCAUAAGUUGUGCGAAAGAAAUUGACAAGAUCGUCUGUGAUAAUUUAUUAUUUCAGGAUAGAUUAGAAUUGAAUAAUUUUAGUUUUAAAAUACGUUUUUCAAGGGGAAAUACGUUAGUUUUUAAUAUUGCAAUGCUACAAUGAGUAUUUGGUUGUGUUUACGGCUAAUGCAGCGUCUUCCGUUUAUUCUUAUGUAUCUUCUUCCAUUAUGUAACCCCCGUGUCCAUGUAGAAAAUUGUCCGAUUAAUAUAUUUAACUAUUAAUUCAAGCAUACGUGGAAAAUAUUUUGAUAUAAUCAUUUAGAUGUAUAAUAUGCCAUAUUAGUCACACGAAUAUUUUGCUUAAUUUAACUUACGUUUUAGAAACUGUAAAUAUUUCUUAAGUGAAUUCGAAUUCUACGAUGGUUCUAUUAACGAAUAGGCAGAAAAUUUGUUGCAAUACUAAACCAAAUAAUAAUCUGAUUUUGUUUUGUGAAUAUGCAUUUAAAUUUGUAAAGCUACUGUCUGAAACCAAUUUUAGAGAUGGUGACAAGUAAAUUAUAUUAAUACAAUUCUUUACUAUAUGCUUUUAAUAGUUGAUAUAUUAAGUUAUUUUUCAUAUACAUAGUAUUUGUGAAUGCAAUAAUUCUAUAUACUGUUAUAUUGCAAUAAACCUUGAAACUUA